AUGCCCUCGCCGUCUACUCCGCAUCGUCCCCCCAAUCGUGGGGGAAGUCCCAAAUCGUCUCCGACCAAACAGAAACCUCUCGAUAUCGGUGUUCCACUAGGAAUCUACGACACAAAUUCCGUGCGCGAAAAGAUCCGGAAAUGGCAGCAGCAAGGAGGAGGGGUCAUCACCGCCGAUGAUGUCGUUUACUACGAGGAUGAUGGAGAGAACGCGACCGUCGACGCCAUUCCUCCAAAGACCCCCAAAGACAACAAGCCCGCUCCGACAAGGAAGCGCAGUAAAAGUACCCCGCGGAAGCGCGUCAUCAGCGACGAACAUUGGAAGCUCAAUCGCACUUCAACCCAGUCGCCAAGUUCACAGAAACUUCCGCCGCCGAAGCGCAUCUCCCAAUACACCACGAACGAGCCGCUCGCCUCGCCACGCGCCGGGAGACAUGAAGCCAAGAAGGAAGACAAGACCCGACCUCCGCCGUCCUUGGACUCGUGGGAACGGAGAAAGUCGCGAGUCUUGAAGGAGACACUCGAUUCUCUUGUCGAGAGUAAAGCCGGUGAAGAUGAUCUUUCGCACAAUGGUUCUUCGAAAUCGACCUCACGGCCGGUGAGCGCAGGCAAGCCAGGGAUAGGAGCGUCAUCGGAGCGAUCCGGUAGCACAGGGAAGAAAGACCACCCAGCUGAAGAGGAGACGGAGUGGGCAGCGAGUGAUGCCGAUUUCUCGGAGCUGUCUCGACGGAGGGCCCGUGGCGCACCACAACCAGCACCGAAGCCGCGGGGACCGCUCAAGCCUCCAAAGGGUGGAAUUUUCGAGCACAUGUUGGGAGAAUCGAAAAAGGUAUUUGCCAAAGUCGAGCCUCCGAAACCAACGGCGAAUCGAGGUUCAAAAAUCGAGGCAUGGCUCUCAGGAACCUCAGACCCAUUCUUUGACAGCAUCGUGGAUCCAGAGGUUGAAGUCCCCGCGCCGUUGAAAAUGAGGGUCAACAGACCUAAGCGAGAGGAAAGUGACCAUAAGGGAACCCAUGAGGGAGACAGUGGCACACACAGCAGAGUGUCAUCCACCAAAUCCGCAAGUAAACGGCGAGUGAAGAGUCGCGAUGAGGGCCAUGUGGAGAGAGUGAAGUCGUCUUCUCACAAAGCCGGGCCGAAAGAACCAGGAAGAGACUCGUCUUCAUCUUCCAGCAGAAAACGAUCCAGCGAUCAUAAACAUAGUCGCUCAUCUUCAGGCGCCAAAGACACUAAAGACGAUGCUCUUCAGGAGAAAAUUUCCAAGGGGAAGGACAUUAUGUCUGAUGCCGAAACUGUUCCUUUCUCUGAUGGCUCGGAGGUGUCAGGUAACAACGCCCCUGUUCCCCUUGCGCGAAAACGACCAUUCCCGAGCACCGGCGCUCAUCGACUUUCAACGAUCGCUUCAAUGGAUUCGAUGGAUACAGGAAGUGAGGUGCUGUCUAAUAUUCGGUCCGGUGACGCUCUAUCAGAGAAGCGGACGUUAGCAUCAUCCGACGUGAAGGAAGACCCAGAAGAAAGGGAUCAAUUCGAUCCAAACUCCCUACCGGUGGUCUCGUCGCAGUUAAAGAGACGGCUUACAACACAUGACGAUCUCAUUUCCGUCCUCUCUGCUCCGAAUAGCCGAAGUAGGAGCAUCAGAUCCGCGCGCAGCAUCCGAACAAACAAAAGCCGCCUAAACAAUGCAACAAUACCGGAUCUACUCAAGGAACUAUCCCUCGAUGAAGCAAAGUACAUGCGCGAACUCAAAACGUUGGUUGGAGGUGUGAUUCCCGUGCUUUUGACUUGCGUCCUUUCAAAGUCGGAUUCGGCCAUCGCAGCCGGCCUUUUCCGCCCAUCAUUGGAUCCCAAAGAUGAGCUGAAUUUCACCAAGCCUAUCGUCGAUAUGGGAGUUGCAAUUGAACGACUGAAAACUUUGCAUAAGCGGAUUCCGCAAGAGGAUGCUGGGGCCUUACUGACGUGGGCCGUUGGCGCGCAAAGAGUAUAUCGGGAAUACCUGAAAGCCUGGAGGCUGGGGUUCAAAGACGUGAUCGUGAAUCUGGCUCCACUCGAUGAGGAUGAAAAAGGGGAGAACGCCGAAACAAAAAGCCUGGAUGAAGGCAUGGAUAGAGACGAGAACGGAGAUAUUGUCGAUAGCAACGGCGAGAAAGUCGAUGUUGCAUAUCUGCUGAAACGCCCCCUUGUGCGGCUCAAAUAUCUUGCAAAAACCUUCAAAGGUAUCAAUAUGCUCGAUCCAUCAGAAAAAGCCGAAGAAGUCGCCGCGGCCUACCAGGCUCUUGUUACAGAUGCUCGCCGACGUGCGCGCGAUGAGCGGGCAAGACUUGAGGAUGAGUCCGCUGCUUGCAUUGACUCGACCAGAGCUCGCGACCCUGCAACAUUAGGGCCUAUUGCGGAUGUCACCGUUGACAAAACAAGGCGCGUUCGAGCUCGGGAUUUUUUCAACUUGUCCUUGUACCAUUCAACGGGUCAGGUGAUUGAUUGCCGUGCUGAGCUUCUCUUGAGAGAUAACUCUUCUGAGGGCAGCACUGGUGGUGAUCUGCUUAUUUGCGAGAUCGACCAUGCAGACCGUUGGUUACUGUUCCCCCCAAUGGACCUCACAUGCGUUUCCGCGAGGAAUGGGGAUGCGAAGGGUGAAAUCGUGGUUAUGUUAAGGAGCUCUCCUUCUCACGUCAAAUCAUGGCAAGAGCUUCUCCUGCUCAGAAUUGAUGAAGAGGAUGUCGGGUUCGAGUGGGUGCAGAUGCUGGGAUUGAAUCCUGUCCCACCAACAAUCAGCCGAAGCCAGAGCUUCAUCGAACGUGCAAAGCAACGACAACGAGCGCGCACAAUUACCUCGCCUGGAGAUGCUCCGGAAACGCCACCCAGUCCCACGAGUGUUGAUGUUCCUCUUGGUGAGAGGGCCACCUCUCGCUCAUUGCGUCGCUCUUCUCCAAGAGAACCAUUGUCUGACCCAAGUAUCGUCGGGUCGUCUCUUGCAACAACAUCGAGAAUGUCGGUUAAUACAGCAAUUACACGAGAAUCGGAUUAUGCCUCCUCGACAGACCGUCAGGUCAAGUCUUCGUCGCACACACAGCCGCCGAUUCUUCAUUCCAGAGACCCGCGGAAAUCCCUGACCGGUGAGGAUAAGUCCCCUGGUCUGAAACGGUCAAAGGCAAAGAGAGUAGCCCGGCAUGACGAUGAGGCCACAUCGAGCCCACAAAGUCCAGGCAGAGAUAUUGCAGUCUCCACACCUCCCCGUCGGGACCACGACGAAGCCAAAGGAGCGCAGAGAUCUCCAGAAAAAUUCAAGGAGGAGAAGGCUCCCAAGGAGCAGUAUACCCCCAAAACUCCCUCAAGGAACAGUCCAGAGCAACUGUCCCCCCGUGUGUCGUCCGUCCCCUCAAUGGACCUGCCAAUCAUUCCGAAGCUCAGGCAGCGCGACAGUCAGUCAUAUGUCACAGAGUCAGUUCAACCUACAUCAGACGAAUCGGACGACGACUUUGGUUAUCUAGACUCCUCGAAGAUAUCGGACAGCCCAACAAAGAGAAAGAGUCAUUCUCGUUCCAAUUCAGAUACUUCUGACAAAGCCAAUGGUGACGAGCCUCCACCUCCACCUCCACAUUCUCGGUCUCCCAGCUCGACAGGCUCGAGCCUGAACAACACUCCUGUCCUUGGCCCUACCGGUCCCCGACCCAGACGUAGGGGCUCCUCUCCUUUGAAGCAUGAGUACGAACCAUCGACCGCAUCAGACUCCAUUUCAGACUCCGAUACAUCUACUGUACGGCGCUACAACUUGUAUUCUGAAUCUGAAUACUCGGACUCAGACAGCUCUGAGGAAUCAGAAGCGGAGCUUUCGUCGGUCGCCCCCUUGAAGGCUGACAGCCAUGCAAGGACUGCUGCCCAAGCCUCUGUUGUCACUUCUGCUAGCAGUUUAUCCCCAUCUAACUCGGCUUCUCAGGGUGGUUACAGAUCGGUCCCUUCGCAACCAGCCAAGUCUUCCACUGCAGUGGCAUCAGUCUUUGCUUGGUCUGACAAAGGCUCUUGGGAUAGCAUCUUCCCUGAUGACUGCAGGAUCAUCGUCAGUCCUGGGUUGAUCGAAGCAUACCAACUCGGUGCUGCUCCAAUCGGAGAAGAUGGUAUUCCAGUCAAGAACGGACGGCCCUUAAUUGCUCUUGAAUUAACCCCUCUUGUGCCUAUCCGACGGGGUACGGCGAUCGAUAUCAGCAUUCGCUCUCCACCAACCGAACGCUCCAAGAUCGCUUGGAGCAACAACAUCAUGUUCCGCUCGGCCAAUGCAGACGAGUGCGAGGCCUUGUACGGGCUUAUCAACCAGGCACGCAUCAACAACCCCACCUACAUCGCAUUGCAAAAUGCCAGAGGUCCUUUCGCGGACCAGUCUGUCCCCAUCGAACCGUCGAAUAAACCCUCAGGAUGGUUUGGCUGGCCCCGCCGCAGAAAGAGCUAUCGAGCAUCCGCCUCUCCUCGGUCACUUGCGGAUCACUCCGAGAGUAGCGUUGGCACAAUGAGCAGCGCGUUCUCCGCUCUGAAGCGAUUUGGCGGUGGGGGAAGCAAGAUGUUCAGCAUUUCGCGUUCAUCCGUCACCUCCCGGAGCAGACAGAAAGAAGAUAGUUUAUACUCUAGCUCUGCUGGGUCCGGAACAAAUUUUAUGUCGAACGCUGGAAUUGGUCGAAUUGCCGCGGCUAUCAAGAACGCUGAUGGAAUCGGUUUGUCGAAUGCCAAAAUCCGGCUCUACGUGCGUGAGACGGCGUCCAAGUGGCGGGAUAUGGGUGCCGCCCGUCUGACAAUCAUGCCGGCCGCUCCUGAGCCUCCCCGUCCUGACACCGCUGUUAGCGGACGAAGCGACCCGAGUUCUGCCGUAGACGGCACUGACGAAAGCCCUCCGGCAUCGGGGUCUGCCUCUCCCCGUCGCGCUGUUGAUUCCAAGAAGCGCAUCCUCAUUCGUGGUAAGACUCGGGGUGAGGUCCUCCUGGACGUCUGUCUGGGCGAAAGUUCUUUUGAACGUGUUGCGCGGACAGGAAUUGCUGUCUCUGUGUGGGAAGAGAAUGAGGGUGGUGCCAUGCCCCAGAAGGGUGGCGUCAUGGUGGGAUCUAGCACGAUAUACAUGAUCCAAAUGAAGAGCGAAGCCGAAGCGGCCUACACUUUUGGCCUUGUCAUCCUCAGACAGAACCUGUUGCCUACGCAGCAGUCCUACUUGUUCACCCUCCAAGAUACCAUGGCUCCCCAGGGCCGUCAGCGGGCAUAUGCAUCGCCCCGACUGCUGACAUCCUCACCGAUACUUUCCUUCCUGAUUCUCCCCUUCCUUCUCUGCUUCCUCUGUUUCCCCGCCCCUACCUCCGCCGCCGGCUCCGCAGUGUUAGGUAUCGAUGUCGGAACGGAAUACUUGAAAGCCGCCCUCGUAAAACCCGGCAUUCCGCUUGAGAUCGUGCUUACAAAGGAUUCCAAGCGCAAAGAGACAGCCGCCGUCGCAUUCAAGCCCACGAGAGAAAGCAAUGCGCCGUUUCCCGAGCGAUUCUACGGCGGCGAUGCGCUCGCCUUGGCCGCGCGGUACCCCGAUGACGUUUACGCGAACCUGAAAUCUUUACUCGGUCUGCCCUUCGACAGUGACAGCGAGGCGAUUCAAAACUAUCACAACAGGUAUCCGGCCUUAAAGCUGGAGAGCGCUGGAGAGCGUGGUACCGUCGGGUUCCGGAGCAACAGACUUGGCGAGGCGGAGAGAAAGGACGCUUUCCUCGUCGAAGAGAUCCUGGCCAUGCAGUUGAAGCAGAUCAAGGCGAACGCGGAUACCCUCGCUGGCAAGGGUUCCGACAUUCGCGAUGCCGUGAUCACCUAUCCGGCAUUUUACACCGCGGAGGAAAAGCGGAGCCUUCAGCUGGCCGCGGAACUCGCGGGCCUGAGCGUUGAUGCCUUCAUCAGCGAUGGUCUUGCCGUUGGAUUGAAUUACGCUACGAGCCGUACCUUCCCCAGUGUUUCGGAUGGCCAGAAGCCGGAGUAUCAUAUCGUGUACGAUAUGGGUGCCGGUUCCACCACUGCUUCUGUCCUUCGCUUCCAGAGUCGCUCCGUGAAGGACAUUGGAAAGUUCAACAAGACAAUCCAGGAGAUUCACGUCUUGGGCACUGGUUGGGAUAAGUAUCUCGGUGGAGAUGCUCUGAAUGACCUCAUCGUGAAGGACAUGAUUGCGGAAUUGGUCCAGGACAAGAAGUUGAAGGAUCGGGUUACCCCUUCAGAUGUCGGCACACAUGGAAAGACGAUGGCGAGACUUUGGAAGGACGCCGAGAAAGUUCGCCAGGUCCUGAGUGCGAACACGGAGACCGGAGCUAGUUUUGAGAACCUUUACGAGGAAGAUCUCAACUUCAAGUACCGUGUUACGCGCUCCAAGUUUGAGGAGCUCGCUCAGGAGCAUAUUUCCAGAGUUGCAAAGCCCCUUGAGCAGGCUUUGGCUGCUGCGGGACUUGAGCUGAGUGAUAUCGAUUCUGUGAUUCUUCACGGCGGGGCUGUCCGUACUCCGUUUGUGCAGAAAGAGUUGGAACGUUUCUGUGGAUCGUCCAACAAGCUCCGGCCCAACGUCAACGCCGAUGAGGCUGCUGUGUUUGGUGCUGCCUUUAAGGGUGCGGCUCUUAGCUCCAGCUUCCGUGUCAAGGAUAUCCGGGCUAGUGAUGCCUCGGGCUACCCUGUUAUCCUGAAGUGGACAUCAGAUUCGAAGGAGAGACAGCAGAAGCUGUUUACACCUACCUCCCAAGUUGGUCCUGAGAAGCAGGUCACUGUGAAGAACCAGGACGACUUCGAGUUCAGUUUCUACCACCAGAUCCCUGCGGGCAGCGAUGUGAUCGAAUCUCCCGUUCUCGGAGUGAAGACCCAGAACCUCACUGCCUCCGUCGAUAAACUGAAGAAUGAUUUCGGUUGCUCUGCAGCCAAUAUUACCACCAAGUUCUCCAUCCGCCUCAACCCUGUGGACGGGCUCCCUGAAGUUGUCGGCGGAUCCGUUGGUUGUGAAGUUGAAGGCUCCAAGAAGGGAAUCGUUGAAGAUGUAAAAGGAUUCUUCGGUCUGGGCAAGAAAGAUGAACAGGCUCCCUUGGGAGAAGAAGGUGAAGCCAGUGAGUCGAUCACCUUGGAACAGGAAGAACCCCAGGCUUCGACAACGUCUUCAACUGAUGCAGCGACCUCCACUACUUCCACUAAGGAAAGCAAGAAGACUGCUGCCCCUCAGAACAAGUUUGAAAUUGUACCUGUCAGUUUCACUUCGAAGCCACUUGGUAUCCCUGCUCCUUCAGCAAACGAGCUUGCUCGUAUCAAGGCCCGUCUCGCUGCGUUUGAUGCUUCUGAUCGGGAUCGGAUUCUGCGGGAGGAGGCUUUGAACGAGCUGGAAUCCUUCAUUUACAGAAGCCGGGACCUAGUGGAUGACGAGGAAUUUGUGAAGGUAGUCAAGCCUGAUCAGUUGGACGUCCUCAAGCAGAAGGUUUCUGCUACCAGCGACUGGCUCUAUGAUGAUGGCGAGUUCGCCCCGAGGUCUGAGUUCCAACAGAAGCUCAAGGAUCUGAAAGACAUUGUCAACCCUGCUCUCAAGAGAAAGCAGGAGAACUCCGCUCGGCCCGCCCGCGUCGAGCUUCUGCAAAAUGUGCUGAAGAACUCGAAGGCUGUAAUGGACCUGAUGGACAAGCAGAUCAAGCAAGAUGAGGAUAUUUACUCCUCGAGCCUUUCUGCGUCUGGAUCCUCCACGAGCGAAACAGAAACGUCUUCCACCACUUCGACUGAAACGUCCGAGUCUACACCGGAUCCUCUGGAGGAUCUCGAGGAGGACCCAUACACAUCCUCAACUACCACCUCGACCACCGCGGCGCCAAAGGCCACUGGUCCAAAGUAUUCAGUGUUCCAACCAUCUGAUUUGACUAGCAUCACUAAGACUUAUGAGUCUGUCAACUCCUGGUUCGAAACCCAGAUGUCCCUCCAGGAGAAGCUUAGUGAAACAGAUGACCCGGCUCUGACUGUCGCGGAGAUUGACACCCGUCUCAAGGAACUGGAGCGACUCAUGAACCGCAUCUAUGAAAAGAUGGGAGCUGCGGCCGCCAAGUCCAAGAAGAACACUGGAGAUCAGCCCAAGAAGGAUAGCAAAAAGGACAAGUCCGAGACGUCCAAGGAUAAGAAGACGAAGGAAGAAAAGAAGACGAAGCCCGUCAAGGACGAGUUGUAA